AUGAGAGCAAUUUUUUAUCCCUGCAUUGGAUCACAACAAAUACCUGGUUUCGUAUUCAAUAAUCAAGAUUAUGAAGGACCACGGACAAUAUUUGCUCCUGCAGCUAUUAGAGCACAUAUAAAAUCAUUUCAUCAAUUAUUUAUUAUGAUAGCAUUCCUUUUGAUGAUGAUUACAUUUGGUAUAUUAACAAUUAUCAUUGGUUAUAGUAAAAGAUAUUCAUGUUCAGCUUCUUAUAGUGCACCUACAAUAUUAAUUGCAUUUGGAAAAAUUGAUCUUAUAAUUUGUAGUAUUAUUAUAAUAAUCGUAUGCAAUUAUACGAACAACGUACUGCCACAAUCGAAGUGGUCUUUUAUGUGGCUUGACUUUGAUUGGACUCUCAUUGUUGUCUAUGGUAUUUUUCAUCGUACAUGUUAUUACUGGCGUUAA